AUGUCUAUCAGGGGGUUGAAGAAAAAGCAGCCAAAGACUUUCAAAGUCCAAGUGAUCACAAUGGAUGCCGAGAUGGAAUUCAGCUGUGAGAUGAAAUGGAAGGGGAAAGAUUUGUUUGAUCUGGUGUGCCGAACUCUAGGGCUCCGGGAAACCUGGUUCUUUGGCCUGCAGUAUACCAUUAAGGGAGUCUGUGCCUGGUUGAAGAUGGAAAAAAAGGUUUUAGAACAAGAAAUUCCCAAGGAAGAUCCAGUAAAAUUCCAUUUUUUGGCCAAGUUUUACCCAGAGAAGGUGGAAGAAGAACUUCUUCAAGAAAUCACUCAACACCUUUUUUUUCUUCAGGUGAAGAAACAGAUAUUAGAUGAAGAAAUCUACUGUUCUCCAGAGGUCACGGUUUUGUUGGCUUCAUAUGCUGUCCAGGCUAAGUAUGGUGACUAUGACCCUGCCUUUCACAAACCAGGCUUCUUAGCCCAAGAUGAACUGUUGCCCAAAAGAGUCCUCAAGCAGUAUCAGAUGACAGUCCACAUGUGGGAAGAAAAGAUCACAGCCUGGUAUGCAGAGCAUAGGGGCAUUGCCAGGGAUGAAGCCGAGAUGAACUAUCUGAAAAUUGCCCAAGAUUUGGCGAUGUAUGGUGUCAAUUACUUCUCCAUCGAACAAAAUAAAAACCACACAGAUCUCCUGCUUGGUGUAGAUGCUAAAGGGAUCCAUGUCUACAGCAUCGACAACAGGUUCUCUCCAAACAAAUCUUUUGAAUGGAGUGCCAUCAGAAACAUUUCCUAUAGUGAGAAGGAGUUAACAAUUAAGCCUCUUGACAAAAAGGCAGAAGUUUUCAAGUUCUUUUCCUCACAGCUGAAGGUGAAUAAGUUGAUCCUCCAGUUGUGUAUUGGAAACCAUGACCUAUUCAUGAAGAGGAGAAGAGUGGACUCCAUUGAGAUUCAGCAAAUGAAAGCCCAAGCCAAGGAAGAGAAAGCUCGGAAGAAAAUGGAGCAUCAGAGGCUAGCCAGGGAGAAGCAGCUCAGAGAAGAGGCUGAGAGAGCCAAAGAUGAACUGGAAAGGCGGCUGUUUCAGCUAGAAGCCGAGGCCCGACAAGCCAAUGAGGCCUUACUCCACUCCAAAGAGACAGCGGAGCUGCUGGCAGAGAAGGCACAGAUUGCUGAGGAGGAAGCCAAGCUGCUUGCCCAGAAUGCCGCAGAGGCUGAGCAGGAGCGCCAGCGGCUGGAGAUCACGGCCCUGAAAACCAAGGAAGAGAAACGUCUGAUGGAGCAGAAAGUGAGGGAAGCAGAAAGGAUCGCUGCCAAGCUGGUCAAGGAGUCAGAUCUCAGAACCAAGGAAACUGAAUACCUGAAACAAGACCUGAGCGAGGCCAGAGAAGCUGAGCGCCGGGCAAAGCAGCGGCUCCAGGAGGUCACCCGAGCCUCUCACCCUCACACAAACAGGUAUCUUCAACCUUCCCCUGUUGAGUAUGGAGACCUUGGAGUUGAAAAAGGGUGUACAAGGUUUGAUUUAAGGGAUGUUGACCUGAAGAGACUGUCUUUGGAGAUAGAAAGGGAGAGGUUAGAUUAUUUGGAGAAGAGUAAACAUUUUGAAGAUCGAUUAAAAGAACUUAAGUCUGAAAUACAUGCCUUAAAACUUGAGGAAAAACAAAAGGGGCCAAUCUCUCAUUGGAAUGAAGUCUUUGGAUCACUAGACCUCACCUUAAGAAAGGUGCCAUCAUGGAUUAAGCUGUGUGAAUCAAGAGGUGGACAGGAUGAAAAUCUCCAGAGACCUUUCCAGCCUUUACCGCUGAAUGCUUUGAGUAGCUGGCCAUGCAUCAACACCAGUUACUAUAGCAUAACAGGAGAAAAGUAUUCUCAAACAAACACCUCAGUUUCUAAUAACAUGGGAACUGAAACUCGAAAAAACAUUGUAAAGGUUCAGCGGCGUGACUCAGAUGUGAUCUACAUUUGAAGUUUUUUGGACACACAGCUUCCGG